CAUUGCGCGUAGAGUACUUUUGUUCUGUGCCAGUGCGUUAGUGUGUUUUAUCUACGUAAACGUACAUUGCUGUAUAAAAGUUAAAAAAGUUUGUUUUCUUUAUAUCAUCGAUGAAAAUGAGAUUCUAAUUUUAGUAAUGAAUCAAAUUGCCGAUACUUUAUCUCACGACGAUCUAAUUCAGAUCAGCCACUCUGCUAUCAAUGAUUUGAUUAAUUCAGAUACUUUACUAUCGGACCUUCCUGGUGAUAUUAUUUUGGAAGAAAUUAAUUCUCAGAUUGCUGUCGAAUAUGGGCAAUCCAUAACAGUCAUUAUAUCCAGAGAUCAUGAACCUGCCUUGAAAGUGAUUGUCCCACAGAGUGCAAAAGUUAUAGAUCUGAAAAAGGCAGUAGCAAGACACUUUGAAAUAUAUCAGAAAAGGAUUGGGAAUAAAGUUAAAAUAUCUUGGAGAUAUAUUUGGAAAACAUAUGAUUUGAGCUAUGAUGGUUUGAUAUUAGAUAAUGACUGUAGCCCCAUUGAGCACUAUGGGGUUGUUAACAAAGUGACUUUGCAUUUCAAGAAAAAGAGAAAAAAGAAAAGAUAAACCUUUAUUACUUAACUUUAUUUCCUUAUAGACAUCCCAUUGCAUAAAAAGUAUUAAUUUUCAGAAUAAAAGUUUAUAUUGCAAUAUUCGAAUUUUAUUACAUUUUCUUUUUCAUAUUGCUGAACAAUACAUGAAAGUAUGAAAUAUUACAGCUGUUCAAAGUCUGGUUGUGGUGGAGGCUCCUGGGGCAAUGGCUCAAAGUCACCAAGAGUGUAUUGAGGUUCUUCAUGGCGUGGUGUUGCUAAUGGACGGUCAUAGGCAUCUUUCAGCAACUCUUGA